AUGACUAUAGAUGGCAUCCAUGUGGAUAUGAACCGCCUGAAGAAGGGCGAGGUCAACAUGGCAGUGACAUUCAAGGAUGGCGUUAUUCUUGGCUCAGGUGCUGAUUCUCGAACGACGACUGGCGCCUACAUCGCCAACCGAGUUACGGACAAGCUCACGAGAGUACACGACACAAUCUGGUGCUGCCGCUCCGGCUCCGCAGCAGACACCCAGGCCGUUGCCGAUAUCGUCCAGUACCAGCUUGGACUCUUCUCCAUGCACAGCGGCAAGCCUCCCAUGACGCAAACUGCUGCCUCCAUAUUCCAGGAGAUCUGCUACGCCAACAAGGACCAGCUAUCAGCGGGUCUUAUCAUUGCGGGCUGGGACGAGCGAUUCGGAGGACAGGUCUAUCAGAUUCCGCUUGGCGGCUCCCUUCACAAGCAGCCUUAUGCUAUUAGUGGCUCGGGUUCAACAUACAUCUACGGCUACUGCGAUGCGAACUGGAAGGAGGGCAUGGAGGAGGAGGAGGCAGUUGAUUUCGUCAAGAACUCGCUGCGGGAGGCUAUCAAGUGGGACGGCAGCUCUGGAGGUGUAAUCCGCAUGGUCGUUUUGACCAAGGAGGGAGCAGACCGACACUUGUACCUCCCAGACACCAACUAUGCCGAGAGGCAUAAUGAGAAUGUCUCCCUGUGA